AUGUCUCACCAUAAGAAAGUUGUCAGUCAUAAUAAUAACAAACAUCACAAAGGACAAAAGAAGAAGCAGAAGCCGAUAAGUCGGCAUUCUUCUUUUACCAGACAUCGUAAAAUGGAGAUAUCAAGACACACAUCAUCAGGUCUACACAAAAAACCUGUAUACACUUCUUCAUAUGACUACACAUCCAUCUCUUUAAUUUCCCCUUCAGUCACACCACAAGCAUGCUGUUCAUUUUCACCUACAUACUCAUCUGUCCCUACAGCGACCAUUGGUGCGAGUGAUAUAUUUUAUAUUCCUUCUGUUACUGCCGUUGCGUCCCAAUUUGACCCAGGUAUUGGUCAAAAUAGCUUAACCAAAGCUGAUUUUCCAGUGACAACUACACCUAUUCAGAUGGUUAUCCUCAUUGUUGGUCUCGUCAGCGGUACUGCUUUUAUUGCUGCUGCAAUGUUUCUUGUCGUACGUAAAAAAAGAACAGCCUUCGGUGACAACAAAAAGGGCUCGUCUGAUGAAGGAGAUGAAGAACAAAGGAUAAUGGCAUAUCUUCCAGAACUUGCUCUUACAAAACAAACAAACAAUGAAUAUCAACAAAUGUAUGACAAUAAUAAAUCAGAAAAGGAUAAUAACAAUGAAAAUAAAGCUAAUAAUAGCAGUAAUUCAGCAACAGAGUUAUCAAGUGCAAUAAAUACACUAGUCGCAUCUCAUAACUCGAUUAAAAGGGAAUUAGAAAAUGACACCUCACAGCGAAGUUCAUGGCAAACAUUCAUAACCUGUGAAACAGCAAGGACAGAAGAUAUGAUGAUGAAUUCUAUAAACGGGGCAGAAACUAGAAAUAGGAUCUCUAUUUACAGAGCAAAGUUAACUAUCCCUUUAAUAACUCAUACGUGA